AUGAUGAUAAGUAAAACUACCAAAUAUUUUGCAAAUUAUGUUAAUUGCUAUAUUGAGAAUAUUUACUAUGUACAGGUUUGGAUAAAUCAAGGUGACAUAAUUUUAGUUGGUUUACGUGACUAUCAAGACUCAAAAGCUGACGUCAUCCUAAAGUACACACCUGAUGAAGCCAGGAAUUUGAAAACAUACGGCGAGUUCCCAGAAUCAGUGCGUAUUAACGACACAGUCACGUUCGUUGAAGAUGGCUUUGAUGAAGAUAUUGAAUUUGGUGAUGAGAUAAGUUCAGAAGAUGACGCUGACUCAGUAGAUAAUAUCUGAUUAACAGCAAUCAAUAAAAUAACUACUAAUGAAGAAGAAAUCACUUAAACAAAAUAUAUACCAUUUAGUUAAAAAAUUCCUUUCUACGUCAUUGGAACAAAUCCAUUUUAAGCUACGAAUUUCGAACAGUGUUAAUUGAUUGCAAAAAAAAUUACAUUUCUAAAGGAACAUGAAACAGUUUAAUAAAAAAAAGCAAUAAUAUAUUUAAUAAAACAGCCAUAGUAAUAACUAUAAAUUUUUUCAAUUUUAUUGUAAUACAUCAUAACUCCGAAAAAUGCAAAAGUAAAUCAAUCUAAAUAUAAAAUUUUUAAAAAAUGUUUUAAUGAAAUUCAAAUUAUUAAAUAUUAGAAACAUAAAUCAAAGCUGUAGUUAUAAACAAAAUUAUCGUUACAAAAUGUAUAAGUUAAACGAAUUAUUCGGUUAUAUGUAUAGGAGUCUAUAAUUUAUGUAGAGUUAUAGCUAUUAGAUGCAUAGUUCUAAUACAUUAUAAAUACAUUAUCUGUUAAAAUAAUGAUCGUCUAUUCUCUAUAACUCCAGCAUAAGCUAAUAUUUACUCCCUCAUAUCCACUAAAAAGUAUGUUUUUGUUAAUUUUAGUUUAGGUAAACAGUUGAAGAUUAUUAUUUCUUUUCUUAUAUUAUAAAUUAUUUUUAUUGUAAAAAAAAAUAUAUAUAUACAUAAAUAUUAAUAAAUUAAAGUAAA